CAUGCUACGUAUACAAUCAUCUUAACAUCAUAACAAAUUUUUUACUGAAUCACUGGACUAUUUAAAUGAUUACGAUUUAUAGUAUUUGUCAUUCAGAACUAACGUUUAAAAGAGUACCCAUAUCAACUUCAUUAUGACAAUCAUACCAAUUAAGAACAAAUCAUCAAAACGCUUGUGGCGGAAACGAUGGUCUGAAUUAGAGCGCGGAUUAUUCGUUAUUGCGAUUAUUGGAUUUAUUUGUUCGAUUCUUCCCAUUAACGCAUCAGCGGCUGUUAUUAGCGCAACGUCGCCUCUAGGACCGGCGCACAAAUGUACGACGGAAGAAUGUCAGGUAGAACGUUUAGAACUAGCUGCAUCAAUAAUUAAACUCCGUGACACGAGUGUAAAGCCUUGUGAUAAUUUUUUCCAACAUGUUUGCGGCAAUUACGAAGAUACUGAUAUAGAUAAUAACCCGGCUAUUAUGGAUUCGAUGAGACUGACUUAUAUUGACAACUUAAUUGAUGAUGAUUUAGCUACUAGUGAAUCGCAUGUCAACCAACUCAUUGGAAAAAUCCAUAAAGUAUGUAUGGAUGAAAGCGCCAGAGGAGAUAAGGCCCUAGAUCUUUUGAAAGAUGUUAUCAAAAAGCUAGGCGGUUGGCCCAUUUUGGAAGGCGAUGCAUGGAAAGAAGAUGAUUUCAAUUGGAUCGACUUUAUCAGUAAUGCUAAGAAAGCCGGUUACAAUAUUAAUUACUUCAUAGAUUGGAAACCUCAGAAUCAAUUCGAUGGUCAAAAUCAUACUUUGAGAUAUUCUCUUGAAACAUCUCCAACUUUUUUCGACUACUCCAUGUCUGAAGAUUCAGAGUUGCAAAAAGAAAUGUACAAGAAUUAUAUGACUAACAUUGCAACACUUCUCGGAGCAAAAUUAGAUAGUACUACAAAAAGCUUAUUCGAUUAUUAUGAUUUGGAAACGAAAUUAGAUGAUUUGAGUUCCGACUAUUAUUCACCACGAACUGAAUCUAUGACCAUUGAAGAGCUACAAAAAGAAUUUCCAAGCAUCGAUUGGAAUAAAUUUGUCGAAAAAACGUUAACGCCUUUCUUGGAUAAUGAUGAUACUAAGCCUACUUUAACUGUUUUGAAUUCGACAGUCAUUAAAGAAGUCAUUAAAUUAAUGGAAAAUACUCCAAAACGCGUGCAGGCCAACUACGCCAUCUGGAAAGUAAUUCAAUAUACAAUUCCUUUCUUAGCUGGUGAGUUCCAGCAAGCAGUUGUAUUAUUUCAUAGUGCUCUCGGUUAUUCCGAUAUGCCUCGUGAAGAAUAUUGCGAUGAAAUCACUAAAAACUACGCAGAAUACGCUGCUGUAAAUCUUUAUUUGGACCAGUUUAAAAGCAGCCAAGAAACAAUUGAUAAAAUGAUAGCGCUUAUUAAGCAGACAAUGAUUGAUAUGAUGAAUGAUUCUAAAAAGUUAAGUGAUGAGGAUAAAAAAGCAGCAGUUGAACUCCUUGAGGGAAUGGAUUCCACUAUUGGACAAUCGGAAAAAUUAACUGAUCCCAAAGAAUUGGAAACUUUCUACGCUGCUGCUGAAAUUCUUGACGAUAACUUCUUACAAACUGUUUUGAAUAUGAAUGUUUUCAAGAUGCUGACAGAGAACAGCAAUAAAAUUCGUUCCGAAAUAUUUCAAUACACUCCUAUGGAAGUAACGCAGACGGAUAUUCCGCAAAACUAUCUCAAUCAUUUAUACAUUCCGGCAAAGAUGAUACCAAGUUCGUUAUUUGACAAUAAUCGACCAAUGUAUAUGAAUUUCGGUGCAGCCGGUAGUCACAUCGCCCGUGAAAUGUUCAAGUCCUUAAGUCACUUGGGAAGAAAGUGGUCCGAUGAGGGAGAGGAACUUCCCGGUGAACAAAUCGAUUGUUUCAAGAAUAUUGUGCAAAAUGUAACCGACGCAGAUCUUAAAGAAGCCAUCGAACAAAUGAUUUUAGACGACGGUAUUUCUCAGUACAUUGGAUUCCGCGUAGCUUAUGCCGCUUACAAACAGUACGUUAUUCAAUCUGGGCCGGAAUUAGGUUUACCCGAAUUAUCUCAAACACCAGAACAAUUAUUCUGGAUGUCAUUUACCCAUUCAUUAUGUGCCGCUGAAUCUAAAACUCCUGUGUUACCACCAGCAGUUGAUGAAACUUUGCCAAAUCUUGUCGACGAUUUGAUGGUGAUACUUUUCAAGAAUAUACCAGAAGUUUCAGCCGAUUUCGAUUGUCCCGUCGGCUCUAGAUUGAAUCCCGAACAAAAAUGUUCUUGGUGGUGAAUCAAACUUUUAAAUUAAUUAAUUUAUUGAAUUGAUUAAUCGUUAACUAUUUUUAGUAAUGAAUAAAAAUUUUACUGGCAUAUUAAAAAA